CCGCGGGUGCGGCAGCGGGGCCGGCCGGGCUCACGGCUCCUCCCGCCGGAGCGCUGCCGGGCCGGGCCGGGGGCGGAGGAGGCGGGGAAGGGGGGAGCCGCUGCCGUCACAGAGGCUCCCGGCUCACUCGGCUCGUCGCCGCGGCAGCCCCAGCCCCGCUCCCACCCCCUCGCCUGCCCCCACCCUCCUUCCCUUUCUCUUGCUUUCUCGGCGAGAGCACUGUGCCUCCCUUCCCAGAUGGCAGCCGGCAGCGCCAUGCAGCCUCUCGUUCCUCCUCCUCCUCUCCCUCCUCUCCGACUCUAAGUUAAUGCCAUGCUGCCGCUGCUCUUCCCGGCACUGCUGGCCGCCUGCCUGCCGCCCUGCCAGGGCUGGAGCCCCUCGGCGGCUGCCAGCGGUCAGGAGGAGCAGGAGCAGGAGCUCUUCUUGCCCCCUGCCAACUCCUCCUCCCGCUCCUUGGCCAGCCUCGAGAUGGACCUCGACGGCGCAGCGAGCAAGGAGGAAGGGAGCACCGACAGCCCGGGCACCCCGGCUGGCCCUAGCCGAGAGUCUUUCUCUUCCACUCCCACGUUCCCCGGGCAGCAGCAGCAGCAGCGAGAGCAGCAGGAACAGCAGCAGCGUCCCCAGCCGCAGGGGCAGCCGCAGCCCGCCGAGGACCCGCACUGCAACAUCAGCGUGCAGCGGCAGAUGCUGAGCUCGCUGCUGGUGCGCUGGAGCCGCCCGCUGGGCAUCCAGUGCGACCUCUUGCUCUUCUCCACCAACAGCCACGGGCGGGCCUUCUUCUCCGCCGCCUUCCACCGCGUGGGGCCGCCGCUGCUCAUCGAGCACCUGGGGCUGGCGGCCGGCGGCGCUCAGCAGGACUUGCGCCUCUGCGUGGGCUGUAGCUGGGUGCGGGGCAGGCGGGUCGGGCGCCUGCGGGGCACCGCGCCCCAGCCCGCUGCCCCCGCUGCCUCAUCUUCCUCCUCCUCCUCAUCCUCGCUGUCCUACCCGCCGGCGGCGGAGCCUGGCCAGUACUGGCUGCAAGGGGAGCCUCUGAAUUUCUGCUGCCUGGAUUUCAGCCUGGAGGAGCUAAAGGGCGAGCCGGGCUGGCGGAUGAACCGCAAGCCCAUCGAGUCCACCUUGGUGGCGUGUUUUAUGACUCUGGUCAUCAUCGUGUGGAGCGUGGCCGCCCUCAUCUGGCCCGUGCCCAUCAUCGCCGGAUUCCUGCCCAACGGGAUGGAGCAGCGCCGCGGCACCACCGCCGGCACCACCACCGCCACCGCCGCCAAAUAGCCUAUCCCGGUGACCCCCCCCUUCUCUUCGUCGUGUGCUGUGGAGGGACGUGGGACGGACUCUGUCGUGGUUUUGUUGUUUAAAGCGUGCCACAGGUGCGCGGCGGUCCGCGGGGCCACCUCAGCGCCCGGCCGGCCCUGUCCGGCUCCGAGAGGAGCGGCCCCGAGGGGACCUGUGUGCGCGUUUUAUAUCUUUAAUACCCAUUUUAAACGAACCUUUUGGUAAAAAAAAAAAAAAAAAAAAAAAAAAAAAAAAAAGGGAAAAAAAAAGUCCACCCAAAAAAUCAAAGGAGGAACUCAGAGAACCUCCUAUUUGGCCAUAUUUAUUGUCAUCACAGUAGCGUUUUCAUAUAGGAUACAGUUUGAGUGGGUUUUUCCUUUAUGGACAGAAAGGGACAUCUCUCUUGGCAGGAUAGAGAACUGAAGCGAUAUAUAUGUUGUUAUUGCUGAAGCUGAACUUUUUACACUGUAUUUCCCGAUUGAGAUAGUGUGUAUUUAUUAUUGUAGCUCUGCAUUAUUUGGCUUUUAAUACAGAGAUUUUCUUUCUGGAGCCACUGUAGCCUUUUGUUGGUCUGUUUCCGCCAGGGUGGAAUGGAGGUUUUAGCUGGCCUUCCUGUCUGUGAACCUGCCACAAAGCUCCCCAUGAGAUGGUGUUAUCAGGGUUGUUGGUGGGAAAAGGGGAACCCCAAACCCUUUCUGAACGGUGUUUGCCCUAUCCAUACAGUAGAUGUGGGUCUGUAUGCCUACACCAGCAUUGGGUGGAGUGGGGUGGGGAGCUUGGCUGUGCCAGAGAUCCUCCAAGGCAUUUUAAUCUGCACCGCUCCACAGACUACAGCUUUCUCCUCAGUUUGAGGUUAGGUGGCUUCAGUCCUGGGAAGAUGAGGCUCACUCUUUGAGGUUUGCUAAAAGCAGUGUGGGGGCACGUCUCUGACUUCCACAAAGUUCUUUCCUCAAAAACAGCUUGGAUGCAGUGUAUUUGUUGGAGACAUGGUAAUACUGUACCUCUUUUUCAUUUGCCAGUCUGCAGGGUUGCUCACAGAAAGUCUGUGGGGUGAGAAGGCAGGAGAUGCCAGUCCAGGAUUAGAUUCCAGCUGCUGCUGUGCAAGCGUGCGAAGAAGAAAUAUUUCUUCUCUCUUGUUUGAGCAGACAGUUGUGUAGCCUAAAAUAUCAUUUGUUUUAUACUUCCAACUGUUUAGCUUUAUAAGAAGUUGUUUCAUGAUAAGUCCAGUUGAAGUUUCUAAAACCAAAAUAUGAGCUAAGUGACAAAUAUUUGCAACAGGAAUUCUCAUUCCUUUGCCAACAUAAAUGAAUUUAAUUUGUUAGGAACACAUGAAUUUUCUUGGGCCUAAUUCAGUGUAUUUGUCAUGUUUUCUUCCCAAGGGUUUGGUGGAAAUGACUGGAUGAAAAGUCUGGACGGAUUAAAUUCUUAAGAUUCCUAUACUUUUUAAUUGAGAACAAAAUAAAUUAAAUGCAUGCUCUAUGUUUAUGCUAUCUGGAAAAAACUGCAGAGAGAACAAAAUUGACAAGCAGCAGAAAUUAAUCAAGAUUUCAAAAUGCUCUAUGUCACAGGGCUGCCUCUAUACCCACUGUUUCUCCUAUUGAUCUUGAUGGGGUCAUGACUUGAGUAAAUAUUGCAGUCACUGUGAGAAGUGUUCACUUGACAUCUUCAUUCAAUGGGCACCUUCCCCUGUAUGCUUAGUUUAUGAAGCCUCUCUUUUCUUUCCUUGAUGUGAAAAACAGUGUAAUUUCCACCUUGUGCAAACUCUUGUGCACAGACAUUUGACAUGCUAGAGAGCAAUUUUUUGCCUAUCAUGCCCUGUGUGACAGAGAAGCCUCUUCAUACUGAAAAGCAAGGCUAGCAAGAAAACAUGAUGAUAAUGCUAACAACCUCCUGAAAGAGAAAUGUUCUACAUAUGGAAUAGAUCUUAGAAGAGUUGCCAUGCUAGGAAAUAAUUUCUUCUUUUGAAUGAGAUGCUUUUAGGCAGAGAGUUAAAAAUUUUAAUUGGAAGUUUUUCUAGCUUUGUAGUUCAAAAUGUGUAGUCCUCACUGUCAUGCAGGCAGCCUGUGCUCAAACUCAAGGUUGGAAUUUCUUUUUUUUUUUGCUUAUCCUUGUUUCACCAGUGACCUGCUAUUGGUUGCUGGUUAUUUUUUCCUUUUUCUUUUUUUUUUCAGAAUUGCAUCAACAUAAUGUCAGAAACAGACAGCUUCAGCUAUUAAAGGUUUAUUAUUUGCAGUUCUCGCAGACACCUACAAGGUGAUACACCGCAACUGGUACAAAAUGGCUUGUGUUUUUCUAACUUCUAUCAAUAUCAGCUUGAAUAUAAACUUCAUGAAUAGGUAGCAACACACUCAGAAUAUUUUGCUGCUUCACUUAUAAAACGUGAUAGAAAAGAGGGAUUUACUCAUUCUAUAAAUACACUUGUAAGUGGAGCUACUAUUAAAAAUUUGAUAAAACAUGAAAUGUUUGAAACACAGGGAUGGCAUUAAA